UCAACGCAACCAGCGGGCGCGGCGAGCCGGCGCGGCGCAGCGGCCUCUUCCUCCGGCUCCUCCCUUUCCAGGGGCAGCCAUGGCGCUGCUCGGCCGCCUAGGCGCCCUCUUGCAGCGAGCCGUGGAAACGGAGGAGCCCGGCCUCGACCUCCCGGCCGCCUUCGCGGAGCACUGGAAGGGCCUCACCCACUUCUACCUGGAGGCCACAGAUGAAAGCAAGCCCGCGAAACAGACAGACAUUCCCUGGCGCUUGAAACAGAUGUUGGACAUCCUGGUGUACGAAGAGAAGAAGCAGCCCUCUGGGGAGACGGGGCCAUGCUUGGAGUACUUGCUUCAACACAAGAUCUUGGAGACCCUCAGCACUCUUGGGAAAGCUGAGUAUCCUGUGGGGAUGAGGUCUCAGGUGCUCCUCUUUUUCAGCCGCCUGCUGGGACAGAUGCAGUGCCCUUUGCUGCAUUACCUGAAUGUGUACAGACCUGUACAGAAACUCCUUCAGCUUGGGAGUAAUGCGUUGGGCCCUGAGCCAGAGAAGGAAGUGAUGCAGUUUGUGGCUGUUCUGUGCGCAAAGAUCAGACAGGAACCUGCCCUGCUCCCACAUAUUCUUGAGGGCAAGCGUGGGGAUCAGCCCUUCGAUCUUCACGGGGCAGCAGCAGCUGAACCAGUGUUGGCCCCCACCAAGCCCCUGCCCACACCUGUAGGCAAAGGGCUGAGUCCGGAGGAAGCUUCCUGUGGGGCACCACACAGGAAACCAGCCUCCUGCACCCUGAACUUGGUGACUUCUUUGAUCGGCUUGUGCAAGAGCCAGAAGAGGAAGGUUGCACUGAAAGCUCAGGAGAAUCUACUGCUGCUCACCAGCAUUGACCACCCAACAGCUGCUCUAGCCUUGACGCAGGACAGCAGGCUGUGUUCCCUGGUGGCUGACCAUCUCUGUGCUCUAUACAAGGCCAUCCCAGCAGCCAUCCACCCUGCCGAUGUUGCCACGCUUCAGCCAGUCAGCUGGAGGCUUCAGGGCAGCCGUAUGGAGGAGAGCUCCUUUCCAGGGCAGUCUAGCCUGGAAGCUUUCUUUGGAUGGCUAGACCUCUGCGAUAGUCUUGUGAAAGAGGCUCACCCGGUUGUUGCAGAUGCUGUAAGUGAGGCCGUGGGUCAGAGGCUCUUCCUGGGAAGGCUGCAGCCCCAGCUCUUGCAGAUGUCAGAACAUGGCAUUCUCAUCACAACAGCUAUUCUGACUGGUCUUGUGAGACAGAUACGUGCUCCUGCCCUCCUCCGGGAAUUGGUUGUGUUUGUGUUGGGGGCUGAGGGGGAGCGUGCCCUGCCGGAGGAUCCAGAGCAGCCAGCACUUCUGCGUCCCCACCUGAUCGAGCGCUGCAACCAUCUGUCCGACGAGAUCACCACGGCCACCUUGAGGUUGUUUGAAGAGCUGCUUCAGCUUCCGGACCAGCGUAUUGUGCAGACCCUGGUGCUGCACAACUUGGAGGAGCGCAGCUACAUCCUGAGAGGCCCAGCAGGGCAAGAAGAACUGGUCACCCGAGAGGAAGGGCCCAGCGAGGAUGGGCUAGAACUGGAGGAAGAUCCCUAUUUCCCAGAUGUCAGUUUCCAGGCCUCCACGAAGCCAGUCUGUUCUGCUCUGAAGCCAGGCACCCAGCCUGAGGGGAAUGUGGAUGUGAAGGAGGUUGUCAGCAGCUUCCUUUGCCUAGUUCCUAGUGAAGCAAAGACCUCUGCCUACCUGGAGGAGGCAGGAUAUGACACCUAUGUCCAUGAUGCAAACGUGCUGUUCCAGGAAUGUUGUGCCAACGCAGCGCCCUGGAACUGGCCCCAGGCUUCUCAGCCCCUGGAAAGCUGCACUGCCGGAUCCUGCUUUUACGAGGGCCAUUUCCUGAAGGUACUCUUUGACCGGCUGACACGGAUCCUAGACCAGCCUUACACAGUGAACCUGCGAGUGACAUCGGUGCUGUCCCGCCUGGCCCUCUUCCCUCACCCUCACCUGCACGAGUACCUUCUGGACCCCUACCUAGCCCUGGCCCCGGGCUGCCGGAGCCUCUUCUCAGUGCUGAUCAGGGUAAUUGGUGACCUGAUGCAGAGAAUCCAGCGGAUACCAGACUUCCCCACGAACUUGCUGCUGGUCCGGAGGUGGCUAAUGGGGCUGGUCCCUGCAGAAUCACCGAUUAGCCAUCAGACACUCCUGGAGGGGGUGGUUGUACUUGAGGAAUUCUGCAAGGAGCUGGCCGCCAUUGUCUUUGUCAAGUCCAUGCUGGACAGCCCCGCCUGAUCUCCAACCUAAGGACGCCGUGACGCUUCGUAUGACUGGGAGGGCAGAGAGCCUGGGGAUUGCUUUCCUGCCUCAUCUUCCAAGCCUCUCUCACUCAAGAUCUCUGCUGCCAGUGUCUAACUUGGGCAUUUGUGGCCACCAAAGGCCUUUAACACCUGCUGGGCUCUCAGCAAACCCUUAUGAACCAGACAAUAGCAGUGGCAGUGGCAGUGCAGAAGCAAGCAGCCCUUGGCAAGGAACCAGCGCAGGGACAGCUGGCAUUACAGCCCAGGGGCUACUUGCUUGGAGGCCCCAGCAUUUUUGUGGUGCUGCUUCCCAUGGUGGUAUCUGUCGGCUUGUCCCUCCACAAUCCAGUUCCUCCUCACCUUAGCAGAGCAAGGCGAAUUCUGCUUGAUUCUCAGGCGUCACUGGACUUGGACUGCCAUCUCUGAGUCUGCAUCAUGGUUCAGAGCGGAGGUGGCUACCUUCUCCCUGCCUGAGUGGCAGCCUGGAUUCCCCACCUUCAGGAUGUUAAAGGCUCCUCAUGAAGUGCUUGGACGUUACUUCCCUGCUGUCAGUGGCAGAAAUGGUGAAGUAGGGCUGCUUUGGUGGCUGGCCCGGUUUAUUCAGUGGUGAUUGUCUGUGGGAAACGGGGUGACUAGCAGCUGCUCUGUGCGGAAGGAGAGCAAGACAAGAGUGGGCCACAGCUGCUUUGAUUAUGGGACCUGCUCCUGGGGAUGCUCACUGCUGAUGAGGGUUGGUGACUUGUAGCCAUCCAUCUCUGCGUGCCGUGGAGAGAAAGGCUGAGCCAAUAGGGAAAGCUGUGACGGGACACGGGCUGCAAUUCUAUCUGUUAGGGUUCCUGAACGUGGCUGGAGUUCCCUUCUGCUGCUCCUCUUGCCCAGCCCAAUUAAUCUCUCUAGUUGUGCCUACUUAGGAAGAAUUUUUUGCAUUUGUUUUUAUCUUGCAAGACAAAGUCUGCUAGAUUUUAUCACAUCAACUUCACUGUAACCCUUUAAGUAUCACCUUUUGAACUAGGCGUGCACAGAAGCUGCCUGUGCUAGGAGAACAGUCACUUAUAUAACACACACACACCAGUCACAGCCUCUCAUUAAUGGAAUUUUGCUACACAUGCUUGAAAUUCAAUACACUACAGCAGGAAAACCGGCCUUUAUCCAGCCUGUACAUUGGGGGUGGGUGGGGAGGUUAUUUCCACAUUUUGCUUCCAGAUUUCCCUGCUUUCAUAAUACUGUUUACAUAGGUGACAUUUCUUUCUUGUGCCUGAAAUAAAAAACAAGCUGUACUACAA